UGCUGAAGUGCUGCUCAGGCAGCCAGAAACCAGACUCUGCAGAAGUUAAGAAUCUCCGCAUAUGCAAUUCUCUAGACCCCGGGAGGCGAUGGGGAGGGCAGCAGUGUCUCUGUCUUCCCUACAGUGACCCGCUUCUCUUGUCUCUCUCUCAGCAGAAUGCCUUGAGGAUGGCAGCUGAGAAUGCCUCUUUGCCAGAGUUCAUCCUGGCAGGCCUGACAGACCAGCCAGAACUGCGCAUGCCCCUCUUCUUCCUGUUCCUAGGCUUCUACAUGGUCACGGUGGUGGGGAACCUGGGCCUGAUUACCCUGAUAGGGCUGAACUCUCAUUUGCACACCCCCAUGUACUUUUUCCUCUUCAACUUGUCUCUCAUAGAUUUCUGCUAUUCCACUGUUAUCACACCCAAAAUGCUGGUGAGUUUCGUCUCGAAGAAAAACAUCAUCUCCUACCCUGGGUGUAUGACUCAGCUCUUUUUCUUCCUUUUCUUUGUCGUCUCCGAGUCCUUCAUCCUGUCAGCAAUGGCAUAUGACAGGUACGUCGCCAUCUGUAACCCUCUGACGUACACCAUGACCAUGUCUCCCCGGGUGUGCUUACUCCUUUUGCUAGGUGUCUAUGUGAUGGGAUUUGCUGGAGCCAUGGUCCACACAGCAUUCAUGGUGAGACUAACCUUCUGUGCUGACAGCCUUGUCAACCACUACAUGUGUGACAUCCUUCCUCUUCUGGAACGCUCUUGCACCAGCACCUAUGUGAAUGAGCUGGUGGUCUUCGUUGUUGUGGGCAUUGAUAUUGGAGUACCUACAAUCACCAUCUUCAUUUCUUAUGCCCUCAUCCUGUCCAGCAUCCUCCGCAUCAGUUCCACGGAGGGCAGGUCUAAAGCCUUCAGCACCUGUAGCUCCCACAUAAUUGCAGUUUCUCUUUUUUUCGGGUCAGGUGCAUUCAUGUAUCUCAAACCUUCUUCCCUUUUGCCUAUGAACCAGGGGAAAGUGUCCUCCUUGUUUUAUACCAUUGUGGUGCCCAUGCUCAAUCCAUUAAUCUACAGCUUGAGGAAUAAGGAUGUCAAAGUUGCUCUGAAAAAAACAUUGAAGAAAAGUUCGUUUUCCUAAGAAAAGGGCAAUGUUUUGAAUAGUCAAUCUUUUCACCUUUCAUAUAUGACUGGGUUAGCAUAUGUUACACUGAGGAAAAUUUCACUUUUCCAUGACUGAGUUCAUUUUCUCCAUUUGAAAGUUUCAUUAGCUGAUUCUUAAAGCUGCAGAGGGCUCAUAUUUAGCCAGCCUUUUGGAGGACCACACAAAACAAUUCUUAUUGCUGGGAGUGGAUGCCUAUUUAUGUCCCUUCAUGGUGUGUG